AUGCCCGUUGUAAGAGUCCAAUUUAAAUCCGCAAACGGAAGAGUUCUAGAAGGGAAUGUGCUCGUUGAUAGCGGCGCCGGUACUACGGUAAUUCGCAAGGAUUUCGCGAAGUCACUGGGACUGCAAGGACAACGAGAACGAGUUGACAUAGCCGUUGUUGGCGGCAAACGUAUCACCCAGAAUGACAGUAGAAGAGUCAAGUUUUGGAUUUCGCCACUUAGCGGAAGAGAAUCUUACCCUAUUGAAGCCCACGAGUUAGACCAAACCGUCAUCAGUAUCCCUGCGCUCAACCGUAACUGGUUAAAGUCAUUCGAUCACCUUAGCGACAUAGAGUUUCCACAUCGUGCUGGUCGGGUAGACCUCAUCCUCGGGGUGCAGUAUAGCCAUCUCCACGCGGAGAACGAAGUUAGACAAGGUUCUCCUUUCCAGCCUAUCGCCAAACGAACGAGAUUGGGAUGGUAUGUCAUCGGCCCGGACUCCGCCACGCGAAACCCAAGCAUGAGCUACUUGAAUUUUGCUCGGAAGAUUGACCUAGAGAAGUUCUAUCAGUUUGAAACAGUCGGAGUGCGAGCGCCUGAGUGUAGCUGUCCAGAAGAAACCAUGACCAGAGAAGGAAAGAAAGCAGUGGAUUUGUUUGAAUCAUCGUGUAAAAGGCUCGGUGGAAGAUACGUGAUCGGCCUCCCUUGGAAGAGAGAUCCGGCCAACCUUCCAAACAACUACCCACUUGCAAAACGACGCCUCGAAUCCCUUGAAAGAAGCUUAGCAAGAAAUCCCAGUAAAGCCAAGAGUUACGCGAACGCCAUUCUUGAGUAUGAAAAGAAUGGAUGGGCACGGAGAUUGACGGAUCUAGAGAUCAAGAAUACGAAAGGCCCUGUGUAUUACCUGCCUCACCAUGGUGUGUAUCGCCCAGAGAAAAGGAGCACUCCUCUGCGGAUUGUGUUUGAUCCUGCAUCCCCCUACCAAGGAGUUUCACUGAACUCUUUGCUGUACAAAGGUCCAUGUCUAAUCGGGAAUUUGCUUGGUGUUCUACUCCGCUUCAGAGAAGAAGCAGUCGCGUUUGCUGGGGACAUUUCGAAGAUGUUCCUACAAGUCUUAUUACCGGAAAGUGAUUGUCAGGUCCACAGAUUCCUUUGGAGAGACAUGGAAACGUCUCGAGAACCGUCAACCUAUGUUCUCCUUCGAGUUACCUUUGGCGAUAAACCAUCGCCAGAUAUGGCGAGCUUUGUUAUGUUAAAGAUAGCUGAGGAACAUCGAGAGACUACUCCAGAAGCAUCAAAAAUCAUCGAGCGUGACAGAUACGUCGACGACCUGCUUCACUCGUGCCCGUCAAACACAGACGCUAUCCAGAGAAUCUCUGAUAUCGAGAAGAUUUUGAAUACUGGCAGUUUCCCAAUCAAAGAGUGGCAUUGUUCUUCGAAGGAAGUGCGAGAUCGUGUGUCUAAAGUUACCAAAGUGACGUCCCAGUUAAAUCCUGUUUCCCUUCCAACCACCGAAACUUCCAACCCUAAAGAAAGCGUCAAGGAAAAUAACCAAUUCAAUUUAGAUGGAGAGCAAGGAGUCAAAGCGCUAGGAGUUUCUUGGAAUCCAGUGACGGAUACCAUACAUUUCGAAGUGAAGGUGACACAAGCAGAGCCAUACACCAAGCGAGUGAUCCUGUCCAACAUCUCAAGAUUGUUCGACCCUUUAGGUCUUGCGUCGGUUGUGACUAUUAAAGCGAGAAUUGGUCUUCAAGAGAUUUGGAAGAUGAAAAAAUUCGAUUGGGACGAUCCACUGCCAAAGGAAAUGCAAUUGACCUGGAGAAAGUUGUUUGCGGAGAUCGAAGAAUUAAAGACCAUACAGUUUCCUCGAUGCCUACAACCACCAUCACCCAUUGGUUCACCAGAGUUGCAUGUAUUCGCUGACGCCAGCGUCCUCGCAUAUGGAGCAGCAGCGUAUCUAGUUUGGUCCUCGUCAUCUGGAAGGACAGAAGUACGCCUCAUCUCCGCCAAGGCCAGAGUUGCCCCAUUACGCCAAACGACUAUUCCACGACUGGAAUUGAUGGCGGCCUUGUUAGCGACAAGAUUAGCAAAAACCAUCUAUGAUGAGUUCAAAAUCAAACCUAUAAGAGUGACGUUAUGGUCAGACUCCAUGAUAGUACUUGCAUGGCUACGUUCGGAAUCCACUUUACUCAAAUCGUUUGUUGGCGUACGUGUCGCAGAAAUCCAAAGCACCUGGGAGCCCGACGUUUGGCGGUAUGUUCCAACAGACCUUAAUCCAGCUGACGACCUUAGUCGUGGCAUUGCGGUCCAUGAGAUGAACGAGCGUUGGAUGAAUGGCCCGUUGUUCCUAAGAGAGUGUCCAGAACAUUGGCCAACCGAAGUCAAGGAAACAUUUCCAGAAGUACCCGAAACGAAGCCUAUUGCCUGCGCUUCAUCAAUAAUGCGAAGUCUCGAAGUCGAGUACAAGGCCCGCUUCUUCCCAAGGAAAUAG